CCACUCUAAGCCCAACCCACCCGUUCUCCCUUUCGGCCAUGGAGGCCGCGAGCAGCAAGCAGGAGGAGACGGGGAGGAGCGGAGGCGCAGGAGAUGGCGGCGACGGCGACGACGAGGCGAAGAGGAAGGAGGAGGCGCUUGCGUCCAGCAGGCUCCUCGACCCGGGAUUCAAGCCCUCCAAGCUAUCGCAGGACCGGCUCGACAAGUUCAAGGAAUUGCACAAGAAACGGUUACAGAUAACUGAAAAGCCAAAGCAUAAAAGAAAACCAAAAGGAACAACCGGGAGAAAUACCAAAGUAAACAACGAUUAUAAAUUCCCUGACAAGGAUGAAUCUGCUGAUAGUUCUCCAAGAGAUGUACACCAUUCAUCGUCAGUUACAGUAAUCCAACAGGAUCCUGCAUCAGCCCUGUCCUCAAGGAACAAAAGGAAGCUACAUUGGGGACUUGAUAUUAAAGAACGAUGGGAAAGGAAGGCAAACAUGUGAAUAUCUGAAGAUCUAACAGCAAGGCAUAUCCAUGCUGCAUUCGACUGAAAGCUGAAGGGCAAAAGAAAAAUGGCAGGCCGUUUCUACGGACCAUCAGGUUACUGGUCAGGUUUGCUUUUCUGUCAGCAGGCAGAACACUGGAGGCCUGGAGCGAACUUGCUGCGGCGGCUUGUUUGUUAAAAUGAAGCAGGUGAAGGCAAAACGUGCAGUAUAAAUUAUCGAUGGUCGGCAUCCAGAUCGCCGCCCGGUUUUGGUCCACUUGGGAUGGCUUAUGGAUAUCUGAGGGAUGAUGGCUGUAUAUCUAGUAUCUUUUUUAUUUUAUGAUGGCUGUAUAUCUAGUAUCUUUUUUAUUUUAGGACCUGUAUAUCUAAUAUCUUAGGGAUGUUUGGCUAUACAGAUAUCUUAGGGAUGCUUUCCGUUCGUACUACGAUCCCCGGUCAGCGCAAAUAUAUAUGUAGUACCUGAACUUGCAGCCAUAUGCAAAGUUGCCAGCGAACUUGUGGCGUCAUCGAGCUGUAUGGAAUGUUCAAAAUAUAAGGUUCUAUUAAA